ACUGCUGAGCUCUCUCCUCGUUUCUCUGUAAACUGAAAACAGUUUCGGUUUCUACGCAGAGCUGCGGGUCGUUUUUCUGGCUACAAGGUAUUUAAAAGUCUUCUUUUACUGAGCACCACUCAUAACGUAACAAUGCUGAAUGUACAUUUGAGCUUGUAUGUAAAAUGUGCAACAUCUAAACAGGUACGAGGGCAAAUACAGCCAGCAGGGAGUGGGCCGAACUGCAGGCCCAGCGUCGUUUCAUUGGUUUCAUGUAUCAUAGUUUAAUUGAUGGCGCGACCAUAGCUGGACUGGGCAUCGGACAUACCGGGCAUUUGGUGAUUUUUCGUUUUUAUGGGCCGAUGGGGGGGGGGUUGCUUUUUGUAACGGUAUAAACAGUGAAAGGUGGUGGAUUGGCCAACUGUAAAAAUAACUCAAUUGUGUGGUGGUGUCGGAGCUUCCGCAGAGGCCAGCAGGUGGAUGAGGGAAAGGAGAGGCAAGAGGAGAGACCCGAGGCGGCCGCCGGUGGUCCACUCAGCCAUGAGUCAGUGUGGAGACACAGAGGAGGUGGUCGCACCAUCUAAAGGUGCCAAGAGCAUGGAAGACUGCCUGGAUAAUGAAGCUAUGGGGAUGCCGAAGCAGUUAUCACGCUCUCCUCUGUCCAGCUGUAUGUCCAUGAAAAGUGACUGGUCUAUGGACCCGCCUUUAAAUUUCAAAGAAGGGAACCUCUCUGUUGACAAAAGAGUCGGGCAACAAAAGUCUGAGGUUCAUAGCUGUCAGUCUGCUCAGCGGCAUCAAACAACGUUGGACUCAGUUUUUAUGCUGCUUGAAGAGAACAUUAUCACUUUUGUGAAGAAUGAGCUUAAAAGGUUUCAGAGGAUUCUGCAAAGUUCCACCUGCCCAGAGAAGGAGAGUGAGGAUGAGGAUGUGUCAGCUUCUAAGGCUGAAGAGCAGAAAUGGAGCACCAGGGAGGCUUUUGUAAAGAUCACAUUGGACUUUCUGAGGGGGAUGAACCAGGAGGAGCUGGCUGUCUGUCUGCAGAGCAGAGUGGGUGCAUCCAUUUGCCAGGAUAAACUCAAAUCAAAUCUUAGAAAGAAGUUCCAGCAUUUGUUUGAGGGAAUUACUAAAGCAGGAAACCCAGCACCUCUCAAUCAGAUCUACACAGAGCUGUACAUCACAGAAGGAGGGACCGGAGAGGUCAGUGACGAACAUGAGGUCAGACAGAUCGAAACAGCAUCUAGACGACAUGCGAGGUUAGAAAAGACAAUCACCUGUAAAGACAUAUUUCAGCCGCUGGUGGGAAGAGAUGAACCAGUCAGAACAGUGCUGACAAAGGGAGUGGCUGGUAUUGGGAAAACGAUAUUAACACAAAAGUUCACUCUAGACUGGGCAGAAGGCAAAAACAACCAAGAUAUCCAGUUUACAUUUCCAUUCACUUUCAGGGAACUAAAUGGAUUAAAGGAGGAAAAGGUGAGCUUGGUAGAACUUGUUCAUCUCUUCUUCUCUGAAACAAAGGAUGCAGAAUUUUGCAGAUUUGAAGACUUCCAGGUUGUGUUCAUCUUUGACGGUCUAGAUGAGUGUCGACUUCCUCUGGACUUUCAAAAGAAUAAGAUCCUAACUGAUGUCACAGAGUCCACCUCAGUGGAUGCACUGCUGACAAACCUCAUCAGAGGGAAACUCCUUCCAUCUGCUCGACUCUGGAUAACCACACGGCCUGCAACGGCCAGUCAUAUUGAUCCUAAAUGUGUUGACGUAAUAACAGAAAUCAGAGGGUUCACUGACUCGAAGAAGGAGGAGUACUUCAGGAAGAGUUUCAGGGAUGAGGAGCAGGCCAGCAGGAUCAUUUCCCACAUUAAAGCAUCACAAAGCCUCCACAUCAUGUGCCACAUUCCAGUCUUCUGCUGGAUCACUGCCACGGUUCUGGAGGAUGUGCUGAAAACCAAGAAGGGAGGAGAGCUGCCCAAAAACUUGACGGAGCUGUACAUCCACUUCCUGGUGGUUCAGGCCAAAGUGAAGAAGGUCAAGUAUGAUGGGGGAGCUGAGACAGAUCCACACUGGAGUCCAGAGAGCAGGAAGAUGAUUGAGUCUCUGGGAAAACUGGCUUUUGAUCAGCUGCAGAAAGGAAACCUGAUCUUCUAUGAAUCAGACCUGACAGAGUGUGGCAUCGAUAUCAGAGCAGCCUCAGUGUACUCAGGAGUGUUCACCCAGAUCUUUAAAGAGGAGAGAGGACUGUACCAGGACAAGGUGUUCUGCUUCGUCCAUCUGAGUGUUCAGGAGUUUCUGGCUGCUCUUCAUGUCCAUCUGACCUUCAUCAACUCUGGAAUCAACCUGCUGGAAGAGGAACAAACAACCACUCAGAUGUCAAAGCCUAAUCAAUAUGAACUGAAACUCUUCUACCAGAGUGCUGUGGAACAGGCCUUACAAAGUCCAAAUGGUUACUUGGACUUGUUUCUACGUUUCCUUUUGGGCUUGUCACUGCAGUCCAAUCAGACUCUCCUACAAGGACUACUGAAAGAGACAGGAGUAAACUCACAGAUAAACCAGGAAGUUGCCAAGUACAUCAGAGAGAACAUUGGGGAGAAUCUGUCCCCAGAGAGAAGCAUUAACCUGUUCCACUGUCUGAAUGAGCUGAACGACCACUCUCUAGUGGAGAAGAUCCAACAGUCGCUGACAUCGGGAAAUCUUUUCACGGUUAAACUAUCCCCUGCUCAGUGGUCUGCUCUGGUCUUCAUCUUACUGUCUUCAGAAAAAGAUUUGGAUGAGUUUGACCUGAGGAAGUACUCUGCUUCUGAAGAAGGUCUUAUGUGGCUGCUGCCAGUGGUCAAAGCUUCCAGUAAAUCUCUGAUGAUUGGAUGUAACCUUUCGAGCAGAAGCUGUAAAGCGCUGUCCUCUGUUCUUAGCAAGUCCUCUAGUUUAAAAGAACUGGACCUGAGUUACAAUAACCUGCAGGAUUCAGGCACAAAGACAAUGUUUGCAGACCUGGAGAAAAACUUUAAACUGGAGGUUCUCAGGCUAAGUGGCUGCGAGCUUUCAUGGAGAAGCUGUAAAACUCUCUCCAGAGUUCUCAGCAGUCAGUCCUCUACUCUGGAAGUGCUGGAUCUAAAUAAUAACGACUUGACAGAUUUAGCAGUCAUGCAUCUCUUCACACCACUUCAGAGUCAACUGUGUACAAUGAAGAUUGUCAGGCUGGGUGGUUGUAGCCUGUCGAAUGAAAGCUGUGAAGCUCUUGCUUCAGUCCUCAGUUGCCAGUCAUUCAGUAUGAUAGAGCUGGACCUGAACAAUAAUGACCUGCAGGACUCAGGAGUGGAGCUGCUGUCUCGUGGACUGAAGAGUCCUCAGUGCAAACUUGAAACUCUCAGCCUGUCAGGUUGUCUGAUAACAGAGAAGGGCUGUGCUUCGUUGAGCUCAGCACUGAGUUCAAACCCUUCUCAUCUAAGAAAGCUGGAUCUGAGUUAUAAUCACCCUGGACCCACAGGAAUGACGCUCUUCUCUGCUGCACUGCAGGAUCCACUCUGCAGACUGGACUCUCUAAGCCUGGAAAACUGUGGAGCUCAACGGUUGAAACCAGGACUGAAGAAAUAUGCCUGUGAACUCAAAAUGGACCCGAACACAGUACACAGGAACCUUUACCUGUCAGAAAACAACAUUGUGACAGAUGACGAUGAGGAAUGGCUGUAUCCAAAUCACUCUGACAGGUUUGAGUGCUGGUACCAGCUGAUGUGUACAAGUGGCCUGACUGGUCGCUGUUACUGGGAGGUGGACUGGAGUGGGCUGGUAUCUAUAGGAGUGACUUACAGAGGGAUUAAAAGGAGUGGUUGUGGUAUUGACAGUCGUAUUGGUGGGAACAACAUCUCCUGGAGUCUGGACUGUUCUGCUGAUAAUUAUUCUGCAUGGCAUAAUAACUCAGUCCGGAUCACAGAUAGCCCUGCUCCCUCCACUGAAACAAACACAGUGGGAGUGUAUUUGGACUGGUCUGCUGGUACUGUAUCCUUCUACAGAAUCGUUUUUGAUACACCGAAACACAUCCACACGUUCCACUGCAGCUUCACCGAACCUCUUUAUCCUAUCUUCAGGAUACGGUCAGAGUUCACCUAUGGUGUUUACAACUCUGUGUCUCUAUGUCAGAUGGAUGCAGAAGACUAAAUGCAAACUGGUUUCCAUACAUGUUUAUUUGAAGAAUUUUAUAAUUUGAAGAUAACUGACGAACAUGGACUAUAAUGGACUCUAACAGACACCAAGUUUUACAUCUUGGUUUGGCAGCUGCAAGUCCUGUGAGAAGCAACAACUCAAUAGGAUUGUUAAGACUGCCCAGGAGGAUUGUUGGUGCCCCUCUCUCGUCUCUGAAGGAGAUCUACAAACAGUGCUGCAUACGCAGAGCUAUCUCCAUCAUCAGAGACUCCCACCACCCCUCUCAUGGCCUGUUCUUCCUCCUGCCGUCUGGCAAGAAGUGCAGGAGCAUCAGCUGCAGAACCACCAGGAUGCUGGAAGGGUUCUUUACACAAGCUGUGAGACUGAUAAAUGGACUGUCCCCCUCCCCAUCCACUCAGCUACUCACACAGCUACACUGUAAGAUCCACAAGCGGACUGUGAUGCCCCCUAUCUACACACGGACACACAUACAAUAUACUCCCCAGAUACACACACUACUUAAUUUAACAACCCCCUUCUGUGAAAGGGCUGCUGCUACCUGCAUGAGUGUGACUAUUUAGACUCGUGUUUGUUUUAGAAUUUAGAUUCUAUGUUCUUUAUCCCUAUUAAUUUUAAUGAUUUAUUACUGCCUUUUUACUGCUCUUUUUAAAACUUUUUCUUUUUUAAAUUGUAUUGACUAUUGCACUGCAGAGGCUGGUGAGAAACAGUAUUUCGUUUCAGCCUGGGUAACACUAUAUGAAAUGACAAUAAACUUGAAACUAAUUCACUAUAAAGAUGGAUAAUUAAGGAGAAGAACAUUACAGGACAUCCAGGCCUUUAUGACUGUAACACAUGCCUGUAUUGCUGACUUGUAUCACUUGGCUUCAUGUAAAAAUAAAGAGAAGGGUAUUAUCUGCACUGUUUUCAAUAAUACAGCCUAAGGGAAUCAUGUAUACUAUUAAAACUGUAGCUUAAAUGCUGAAAUAAAUCUGUAUUUGACCAUC